AUGCCCAAGUCAGGGUCGGAAGUGUCUGAUGACUUUGAAUUCAUCGAGACUCCAGCUGCUCCAACUUCUGUGCCUCCCCCUGAGGACUAUGGAGUUAGGACAACUACCUACCCUUCAAUCAAGAAUGGUCCCCUCCCUGCCGACUCUGCAAGCAGCGACAGCUUCAAUAAUAUUCUACUCGGUACAAUUCUCGCCGUGGUACCAGCCUACUUGGCGCGUCAGGUCAACGGAGGCCUUUUCACCUGCAUUUUCUUCGCCUUGUUCACCAGUAUUCCCAUCCUAGCCACAUUCUGGUAUCUAGCUUCUACAAUAUCUCCGCGAAAAAAUGAGAAGGCUCGAUAUCCAGGUAGACCGGUGGAGCAUUACCUGCAGUUCCACAGCGAAAAGGAUAGAGCGAGAUACCAUGGCAAAAGCAAGAUACCAAUGGAGACCUUUCACGAGAUGUACUUCGAUGGCGCCGUCGACUUCAAAGGCGAUGCCUUGGAGGUGAUGGAAUACCGCCAUGACUGGGCAAAUUUCAGAUUCACACUCAGCCUGUUCCGCUUCUUCCUCACUGGUAUGAUGCCAGAGGUUAUCAUGCACACUCGCUCUCAAGACGAGGAACAGGUGCGAGACCAUUACGACCGCGGUGACGACUUCUACGGUUGGUUCCUAGGUCCCCGCAUGAUCUACACUUCUGGCAUCAUUUCCGACAUCAACAAGGAAGAAAGCCUCGAGCAGCUGCAAGACAACAAACUCGGAGUUGUGUGCGAGAAGAUUGGCCUCAAACGCGGUGAAUCUUUACUUGACAUUGGUUGCGGUUGGGGGACGCUUGCCAAAUACGCCAGCACGAGUUAUGGAGCACAUGUGACAGGAGUCACCCUCGGAAGGAAUCAGACAGCGUGGGGUAACAAUGCAUUGCGGAAAGCGGGCAUUGAAGAAAGCCAAAGCCAGAUCCUGUGUAUGGAUUACCGUGAUAUCCCUUUGCCGCCCGGCGGAUAUAACAAGAUUACGUGUUUGGAGAUGGCAGAGCACGUUGGUGUUAAAUAUUUUUCUACCUUCUUGAAGCAGGUCUACGACAUGCUGGAUGACGAUGGGGUCUUCUUUCUGCAGAUCGCUGGCAUCCGGAAAUGCUGGCAAUACGAAGAUCUGAUCUGGGGGCUCUUCAUGAACAAAUACAUCUUCCCCGGAGCGGAUGCAUCAACACCUUUAGGAUGGUUCGUGGAUAAGUUGGAAGGCGCUGGAUUUGAAGUGAAGGGCAUCGACACCAUCGGAGUCCACUACUCCGCAACACUUUGGAGAUGGUACAGGAACUGGAUGGCAAACAGGGAGAAAGUCGAAGCGAAGUAUGGGAAUAGGUGGUUCAGGAUCUGGGAGUUUUUUCUUGCCUACUCAACCAUCGCCUCCCGCCAGGGUUCUGCGACUUGUUAUCAGAUUACGUUGGUCAAAAAUAUCAACUCCACACACCGGAUAGAAGGGGUCCCUACUCAAUUCGGCCUGAGAGGAGCACUGGCAGCGUCCAAUGUCGAUGCUGCAGCGAAUCGCUUCAAGAAUGUUGCUGGUGGCUUAGGAGAUCAGGUCCGACAAGCGUUGCGAUCUGAGUAG